CCUUCCUCCCCCCUCCAUUUCCCUGGAAUCUCAGCCCGGCGCGCCUGCACCCCGGCGCUUCUCUGGGUGGGGAAGCUCCCGGCCGCUUUCUGGCUUCACUCCUUCCUCGCAGCCGGGGCUCCCAGCCCCCUCGCUUCUUUUCCUGGACUGGGUCCCACCCGCUUCUGUCUCCUUCCUUUAGCUCAGGUUCCCUGCUUCUUCCCGUAGUCCCCGCUCCUCAGUCACUUUCUCAGCCCAGGUCCCAGCCUCCCCUCUUGCUUUUCCUUGCCUGGGGUGCAGCCUAUCCUCUCCCUUCCUCUGUCCUAGGCGCAGUCCAGUCCCCACCCUCCUUUUCCCUGGCCUGGAGGCCCAGACCUUGCGGUCUCCUCCUGUGGUCCUUCCUGGGUCCCUGUCCCUCUUGCUCGGUUUGGAGUUCUAGAUCGAGAACCCAGCCUCCCUCCACCCCCAGAGGACUGCUUCCACACGAGAAGACCUCUCUCUAAAACAUGAACUUUCACUAGAGACUACCCCAGUCUCUCUUCCCACCUGCUGACCCCCUUGCCACCUAUGUCCCAGGUCUUACUCUCACUUUGCUAAGGGUCAAGGCCUGCUGGGCUGAGGGAGGGAGGAUGCUUCUGUGGUCUGGCGUCUGGGGUCCCUCUCUGCCUCGAGUCUUCUCUUCCUUGCUCGUGGUAGUAGCCUUGGUGGGGCUACUACCUGUUCUCAGGAGCCAUGGCCUCCAGCACAGUCCUACUGCCAGCAUCAUCCGAGACUCAGAGCCGCCACGAGAACGCUCAAUUGGGGAUGUCACCACUGCCCCACCGGAUUUCACCCCCGAGAGCCACCCUGUCAACCAUUCCAUCACUGAACAUAGCCCGAAGACGCGAAAGCCCUUUCCAGUCCUGGGCAUCGACUACCCACACGUGCAGAGACCCUUCGAGAUCUCCCUCUGGAUCCUGCUGGCCUGCCUCAUGAAGAUAGGUUUCCAUGUGAUUCCCACAAUCUCGAGCAUCGUCCCGGAGAGCUGCCUGCUGAUCGUGGUGGGGCUGCUGGUAGGGGGCCUGAUCAAGGGUGUGGGUGAGACACCCCCCAUCCUACAGUCGGACGUCUUCUUCCUCUUCCUGCUGCCACCCAUCAUCCUGGACGCAGGCUACUUCCUGCCGCUGCGGCAGUUCACAGAGAACCUGGGCACCAUCCUGAUCUUCGCCGUGGUGGGCACGCUGUGGAACGCCUUCUUCCUGGGCGGCCUCAUGUAUGCCGUGUGCCUGGUGGGUGGCGAGCAGAUCAACAACAUCGGCCUCCUGGAGAACCUGCUCUUCGGCAGCAUCAUCUCGGCCGUGGACCCCGUGGCCGUGCUGGCUGUCUUUGAGGAAAUUCACAUCAACGAGCUGCUACAUAUCCUCGUCUUUGGGGAGUCCCUGCUCAAUGACGCCGUCACUGUGGUCCUGUAUCACCUCUUUGAGGAGUUUGCCAACUAUGACCGCGUGGGCAUCGUGGACAUCGUCCUCGGCUUCCUGAGCUUCUUCGUGGUGUCCCUGGGCGGGGUCUUUGUGGGCGUGGUCUACGGGGUCAUCGCCGCCUUCACCUCCCGAUUCACUGCCCACAUUCGUGUCAUCGAGCCGCUCUUCGUCUUCCUCUACAGCUACAUGGCCUACCUGUCCGCUGAGCUCUUCCACCUGUCGGGCAUCAUGGCACUCAUUGCCUCGGGAGUGGUGAUGCGCCCCUACGUGGAGGCCAACAUCUCCCACAAGUCCCACACAACCAUCAAGUAUUUUCUGAAGAUGUGGAGCAGUGUCAGUGAGACCCUCAUCUUCAUCUUCCUUGGCGUCUCCACCGUGGCCGGCUCCCACCACUGGAACUGGACCUUUGUCAUCAGCACCCUGCUCUUCUGCCUCAUCGCCCGAGUGCUGGGUGUGCUGGGCCUGACCUGGUUCAUCAACAAGUUCCGCAUCGUGAAGCUGACGCCCAAGGACCAGUUCAUCAUCGCCUACGGGGGCCUGCGAGGGGCCAUCGCCUUCUCCCUGGGCUACCUCCUGGACAAGAAGCACUUCCCCAUGUGCGACCUGUUCCUCACCGCCAUCAUCACCGUCAUCUUCUUCACCGUGUUUGUGCAGGGUAUGACCAUUCGGCCCCUGGUAGACCUUCUGGCUGUGAAGAAAAAGCAAGAAACGAAGCGCUCCAUCAACGAGGAGAUCCACACGCAGUUCCUGGACCACCUUCUGACAGGCAUCGAGGACAUCUGUGGCCACUACGGCCACCACCACUGGAAGGACAAGCUCAACCGGUUUAACAAGAAGUAUGUGAAGAAGUGCCUGAUAGCCGGCGAGCGCUCCAAGGAGCCCCAGCUCAUCGCUUUCUACCACAAGAUGGAGAUGAAGCAGGCUAUUGAGCUGGUGGAAAGUGGUGGCAUAGGCAAGAUCCCCUCUGCUGUCUCCACCGUCUCCAUGCAGAACAUCCACCCCAAGAACCUGCCUGCUGAGCGCAUCCUGCCAGCACUCUCCAAGGACAAGGAGGAGGAGAUUCGCAAAAUCCUGAGGAACAACUUGCAGAAGACCAGGCAGCGGCUGCGGUCUUACAACAGACACACACUGGUGGCAGACCCCUACGAGGAGGCCUGGAACCAGAUGCUGCUCCGGAGACAGAAGGCCCGGCAAUUGGAACAGAGGAUCAACAACUACCUGACAGUGCCGGCCCACAAACUGGACUCGCCCACCAUGUCUCGGGCCCGCAUCGGCUCAGACCCGCUGGCCUAUGAGCCGAAGGCUGACUUGCCAGUCAUCACCAUCGACCCCGCCUCCCCGCAGUCGCCCGAGUCUGUGGACCUGGUGAAUGAGGAGCUGAAGGGCAAGAUCCUCGGGCUGAACCGGGACCCCAGGGUGGCCGAUGAGGAUGAUGAUGACGGGGGCAUCAUGAUACGGACCAAGGAGCCCUCUUCCCCCGGCACUGACGAUGUCUUCACCUCUGGGCCCAGUGACAGCCCCAACUCCCAGAGGAUACAGCGCUGCCUCAGCGACCCAGGCCCCCACCCUGAGCCUGGGGAGGGAGAGCCUUUCAUCCCCAAGGGGCAGUAGCGCUGGGGCCAGUGGGCCAUGCCUGUCCCACCAAAGACUCUCCCACCAGAGCAGGGGCUGCUGGGAGCUGGGGGGCCUCCCCUCCUCCUUCCUGACCUGCAUGGCAGCUGGGCCCAGCACGGCUUCCCCCUGCCUCCUGGGAAGCACCCCCCGCCACCACCACCAGAACUGCCUUCCCCAUCCAUUCGGCAGAACUGCUGGGCUGUGAGCAGACCCUGCCCCUUCCUGUCCGGCUCUCUCCCAUCCCCAGAGGAGGGCCUCCGAGUUUCCCGGACCUCGGUGCCCCCUCCUCCUCCACCACCCUCCUCAUGCAAACCAGUCUUAGUUUCUAACCAAAGAGCCUCUGGCUCAGCCUGGGUCCCACCUGGGAAGGGAAGGAGCCCAGGCCUCUCUUGGCCUAGGCCAGGCCCUUCAUUAACGGAGGAAAGGUGAGGGGGAGCAGAUAUCUGACCCACCCUCCUGCCAGCUUUGUCAUCCUGGCCAGCGACCCUGACACGCCCUUUCUCAGAGCUGCACCCCUGAGCUGCUCUGUGUGGAGCUGGGGCGCCUUGGACCGUGAGUAACAGCUUUCCAGAUUGCUCCCACAGGGACCACUGAGCGCUCGGCGGCUGGUGUCAGGAGAGGGGCCAUCAGGGGCUCCAGACAGUGCUGCCUUUUUAUCUGUUUUGUUUGUCCCACUUCCAUGUAUGAUCUGUUUGCACAGAGGCCAUUCCUGUUUGUAAAACAUUUUCAAAGCCCCUGGCCAUGCCUGUCCCACCACAGACUCUCCCACCAGAGCAGGGGCUGCUGGGAGCUGGGGGGCCUCCCCUCCUCCUUCCUGACCUGCAUGGCCCUCCUCCAGAGAAUCCCCCUCAUUUGGGCCUAUCUGCCCAACACUCCCCAAGUCGGUCCUCUGCCUCCUGGACCCGUAACUGUGGCCCCAAGACCCUGAUUUCAGAAGUGAACCCCCAUAUCCAAUCAUGGUCCUCUCCCACUCACAGAUGCUGGGCCGUCUGGUCCUUUGUUCUUGGGCCUGCACCUCAGUCCUGCUGGCCUGUUCUUUCUCUCAUCCCUCCCAUCGGCCCCAGGAACCUCUCCCUCUUAGGUUCCCCGCACCCAGCUGGCUGUGGAGCCCAGACCUCAGGGGAGCAGACCUCCCCUGAGCAUCGCCCACCCAGCUGGGGCUGGUGGGGGGCAGAGUCCUAGGCUCCCAGGGGCCUUUGCUCACAGGCACACACUCCCAUCCCCACUGCUACCAUGGCCAGGCCCAGGGGGAGUGGUGUCUGUCCUCCCCGGUCACUCCCCCAGGAUCGUGCAAUAGUCAGAGUCCCUCUUCCCAGUGGACUGGGCAGCGGGUGCUCAUCUGUCCCCCCUCCAUGCAAGUGCUGUUUUGGGCAGGAGUCACCAUGCAAGGGUGACGUGACAACCAUGUUCAAAGCCACCACAGCUGCUGCUGCUCUGCCGCCUGUACAGAAGAAACCAAAAUUUUUUCAUAUUCUAAUAAAUCCAUAUGAGUUUUUAA